CUCUCAAAGACGAAGGAAAAGCAAAAGAUGGAUUUACAAGAAGCGAUGAAGAAGCAAAACGACGUUGCUCUGUUGCUUGCGCAGAAAGUAAUUUCUGCCAAACCCAAAAAUUCUAACCUCGUCUUCUCUCCGGCAUCUAUCAACGCCGUUCUCGCCAUGGCCGCUGCUACCUCCGACAAUGAAACACUAAGAUCCUGCAUCCUCUCCUUUCUUAGGUCUUCGUCCACCGACGAACUCAACGCCAUCUUCCGUAAAAUCGCUUCGGACAUCCUUGUCGACGGAAGCAAAAGAGGUGGGCCAAAAAUCGCGUCGGCUAAUGGAGUGUGGAUAGAGCAAUCUUGUCCGUGUAGUCACGCGUCGAAGGAUCUCUUUGAGAAUUUCUUCAAAGCUGAGUUUGCUCUAGUUGAUUUCCGAUCCAAGUUUGAAGAAGUGCGUAAGGAGGUGAAUUCUUGGGCUUUACGUCAUACCAAUGGUCUCAUCAAAGAUCUUCUUCCUCCUGCAUCCGUUACAAGCGAAACCCUCUGGAUCUAUGGAAACGCCUUGUACUUCAAAGGAGCUUGGAAAGACAAAUUCGACAAAUCAAUGACGAAACACAAACCUUUUCACCUUGUUGAUGGCAAACAAGUACAUGUGCCUUUCAUGCAAAGCUAUGAAAGUCAAUAUAUAAAGGCUUACAACGGUUUCAAGGUCCUUAGACUGCCAUACCGACAAGGACAUAAUGAUACAAGCCGCCAAUUCUCAAUGUGUAUCUAUCUCCCGGACGAGAAAGAUGGACUCGAUAACCUUGUGGAGAAAAUGGCAUCUACUGAUGGUUUCUUGGACAGUCACAUUCCGAGUUGGAGAGUUAGUGUUGGUGAAUUCAGAAUACCAAAGUUUAAGAUUGAAUUCGGGUUUGAAGCUUCCAGCGUUUUCAAUGACUUUGACCUUAAUGUGUUAUUAUACCAAAAAGCUUUCAUUGAGAUCGAUGAAGAAGGUACGGAAGCUGCAGCUGCUACUGCACUAAUUGGCAUUGAGGGCUGCAGCGCUUAUAGGCCUCCUCCUCCGAUUAAUUUUGUGGCCGAUCAUCCAUUUUUUUUCUUGAUUAGAGAAGACAAAACUGGAACAGUUUUGUUCGCUGGUCAAAUCUUCGAUCCAGCCUUUGGUAGCUCUGAAACUGGAGGUGCUUUUGAUGCAUUAGACACUCCUGCAUACAUAGAAAAAAAACAUGAGGAGCUUAGGUGGGAGGACUACCAGCGUGAACAUAAUACCACUCCUGCAAACUUCAAACUCGAAAGGCAGGACUCAGGCAGGACUCUGAAGCGAAAGAGUCACUCAGAAGGCAUUGAAAGAGACAUCGACUCUGAAGCCUGCUGUGACACCCUAACUAAGAAAUUAGCCCAUUCGAAAGCCACUGUUGACAAGUUGGACGAGUCCAAGAGUUAA